CUAGAUGUAUGAUAUAAAAUGCCAUUGAUGCUUCUUUAUUGUUUCCAUUCCGUCUUCUAGUUUGCCUUCUCUAUUACAAUUGCUUAGUAGUUAUACGCCCAAUUUGCCUAUAUCGGCGGGGCAAUUAACAUCUCGCUCAUUCAACUCUCAUACAGUUCCUCACUUACACGCCCCCAAUCGUCACCAUGUCUGACCUCUUCGACAUUAACGCUCAGGCCGUCCGUCUCCAGCAACGAGAUCCCCCCCCGUCAUCUCUCCCCAAGAGCCAGACACUCCCGCCUCUCGAACUCAUUCACGCUGCCUCAGCCAUCCUCCCCCAUCCUUCCGACCCAGGUUUCCUUUCCGGCCAGCCUGCUGCCGAUGUCGCACGGCAUAUUACAGAACAUAUUGUACCUGCGCUAUGCGGCCAGUCACAGUCGAGCCGCUAUUUCGGCUUCGUCACUGGCGGUGUCCUUCCGCUAGCCGAAUGGGCUGACAAUGUCGUCUCCCAUAUGGACCAGAACGUGCAGGUCCAUCUCCCGGAGCAGUCCGUGUCCACAUUCGUCGAAAACGCCGCUCUUCAGAUGCUUAUAGGCCUGCUGCGCCUAGAAUCAGAGUGGAAGGGCCGCACAUUCACCACAGGAGCCACUGGCAGCAACGUCCUCGGGCUAGCGUGCGGACGUGAAGCUAUCCUUCAGAAGAAGGGCGCGUCGGUGGGCGAGCUCGGUGUGUUGGGUGCUUGUGUCAAAGCAGGAGUCUCUGAAAUUCAGAUUCUCACCAGCGGAGGGCACAGCUCGCUCUCCAAAGCAGCAAGCGUGGUUGGCCUGGGGAGAGCAUCCGUAAAGGAGCUUCCUCGAAGCGCGGCCCAGCCGUGGAAGCUGGAUCUCGAUGCAGUAGAGAGAGAACUGGCUCGCCCUGGAACAGCAAGCAUCAUUGCCGUUAGCAUGGGAGAGGUGAACACCGGAGGCUAUGCGCUUGAUGAUGUUGAUGAGUGGAAGAGGUUGAGGCAACUAGCAGAUCGUCAUGAUGCUUGGAUCCAUGCAGAUGGAGCGUUUGGAAUCUUCUGUGGUGCGCUGGAUGAUCGAGAUGAAUACCGGCUGCUUCGCAAUCGCGUCAAAGGCAUCGACCUGGCCGACAGCAUCACAAUCGACGGCCACAAAAUGCUCAACGUUCCGUAUGACUGCGGCAUGUUCUUCACCCGUACCUCAUCCAUCCUGGAAUCCGUAUUCAUCAACCCAAACGCCGCAUAUCUCUCCUCGGGCCCAGCUGCCAGCAUCUCGUCUCCUCUCAACGUAGGCCUCGAAAAUUCGAGACGUUUCCGCGCCCUGCCCGCCUACGCCGUGCUCCUCAGCGAAGGACGUCCCGGCUUUGCUAACCUGUUCCACAACAUGGCUCAGCUGUCUCGCAAGCUAGCCGUCUUCUUGCGAGAGGCGCCGUAUUAUGAUUUGCUGCCUGAUGAGAGCGGCGAUAUUGAAGAAAUUUUCAUAAUUAUUCUGUUCAGGGCGAAGGAUAAGAAGCUAAACGAUGAACUGGUGGCGAAAAUUAACGCGACGAGGCAGCUGUACGUAAGCGGGACCAGCUGGAAGGGCGAAAAGGCUGUGAGGAUAGCGGUGUCGAACUGGAAGGUCGAUGUCGAGCGGGAUUUCAAAGUGGUGACAACGAUUCUGAAUGAUGUUGCCGAGGGAAGAGAAUUUGAUAUCGAGAAAUGUUUGUCAUCGUAAAAAAAAAGAAAAAGAAUAGUUGUAAAAAAUCAAUAUCGCUCGCAAUCCGAAUAUGUCGCCUUGUCCCAAUCCCUCUACCACCCAGCGCCCAUUCCCCCAUUUCCAAGCUCUUCCUUAGCCAAACUUCUUUGAUCCUCCCUUCUGCGACAACUUUUUGCUCCCUUUCUUUCCGGGUCCAAUCAGCUCGAGAUGGCCCGCUCUCUCGCCCAGCAGCGCCUCCGUCUUGGCUACCAUGCCUGAUGUGAAUUUCUUAAGCAUCUUGUCGGCGUUGACCUUCUUCUUGGGUUUGGUGACCUUGGAGGCCUGGCGCUUCGAGUGGACGGCCUUUGGCGCGGCGGCCUUGUUGGACUUUUUGAUCGAGCCCUGCGCCAUCUUGUUCUGUAUCUUCCCUUUCCCCUAUUUCCCGGCGUCCGCUCACGAUUUGCCGUGUUGUAUAGCUGCGAAUCGUCGGUCG